AUGGAAAUAGAUGCCCGGUUUCGCUACUAUUUCCAGCACCCGUGGUCACGUCUCAUCGUGGCCUACCUCGUCACCUUCUUUAACUUCCUCAUCUUCGCCGAGGACCCCAUCUCUCACAGCCAGACGGAGGCCCACAUGAUCGUGGUGGGCAACUGCUUCUCCUUCCUGUUCAACAAGUACCCGGGCCGCGGAUGGAACGUCCUGAAAGUAAUAUGCUGGAUACUGGCCAUAAUCAUUGGCAUGGUAGCCGGCAAGUUUAUAUUCCACCGCCAGCUCUUUGGUCGAUACCUGCGCCUGAAAAUGUUCCGCGAGGAUCAUGGCUCCUGGAUGACCAUGUUCUUCAGCGCCAUCCUCUUCCUCUUCAUCUUCUCACACAUCUACAACCUUUUCCUGCUGAUCGCUGGGAGCAUGGAGCCUCACAUGGUGACGGACUACAUGGGCAUCAGGAAUGAGAGCUUUAUGAAGAUCGCUGCGGUGGGGACGUGGAUGGGAGACUUUGUCACCGCCUGGAUGGUGACAGAUAUGAUGCUCCAGGAUCAGCACUACCCAGACUGGGGCAAAGCAGCCAGGAGGUUCUGGAAGCAAGGCAACAACAGGAUUGUUCUUUUCUGGACAGUGCUCAUCUCUCUGACGUCGGUGGUGGUUCUGGUCAUCAGUACUGACUGGAUCAGCUGGGACAACCUGAACCGGGGCUUCCUGCCCAGCGACGAGGUCUCCAGGGCCUUUCUGGCCUCCUUCAUCCUGGUCUUCGACCUUCUCAUUGUCAUGCAGGACUGGGAGUUCCCUCACUUCAUGGGUGACCUGGAUAUGAAUCUACCAGGAAUGUCAACAACGCACGUCAAGGUCAAGCUUCCCGUCUGCACGAGUAUCUUUAAAGAGGAGUACCACAUUCAUAUCACAGGCAAGUGGUUCAACUACGGGAUCAUCUUCCUCGUGCUGAUUUUGGACCUGAACAUGUGGAAGAACCAGAUCUUCUACCAGCCCUACGAGUACGGUCAGUACGUCGGGCCCGGUGAGAAGAUCUUCACGGUGGAGGAGCCGGAAACCCUCCGCUUCUUCAACCGCAGCACCCUCACCUACGAGUGGCGCUGCACCAACAUCAACCCCGACAGCAACUUGUCCUAUGUGGAGCGGGACAUGUUCCUUCACAGCCGCUACGCCGGAGGCAGCCUCGACGUCAAGUGCCUGGCCUUCAUCCCGAGCCUGGCGGCGUUCCUCCUCUUCGGGUUCUUCGUUUGGUUGUUCGGGCGCUUUCAGGACAGCGAGACCUUCCCGGAAAACCAAGACAAGACGUACGAGAGGAUAAAGAGGAAGUCGCCGUCGGAGUACAGCAAGGAGAUGGGCGUGACGCCGGAGGAGGUGCACAUAACCAUGAGCGACAGUCUGAAGCGAGCGGGAACGCCCAUGCUGCUCUCGGUGGACGGGCCACACUUUGGAGCGACGCCCUCGACGCACUCGACCAUUUCCACGGAAACCCAAGAGACGCAUCCGAGCAUUGUGAUCGACAGCGCGGAGCAGGAGGAACCAGCCGUCUCUUUUGACGUCCAUAAGCUCUCUCCGUGACCUUAUGAACUCCUCAGACUGUGGACAGGCUGAAAAUGAGAGCUCCGGGAUCUUCAACCGUCGCUUUUUUUCUUCAGGAUUACGACCGAGUCGACCGUAAUUGUUCGUGAGAUUCAGGAGAAGGACGACGUAAACGUGACGCGAUUCGCGGUUGCAUUUGUUCGAUAUAUAUUUUUGUAAAACGACUCUUUUUAAAAGCCUCUGAAAACGGCACUAAUUCUUAUAACGGAACAUCUUUUAAAACCGAAUGCAAACUUUAAAUUGACGUGGUGCUCGCUCAGAUUUUUUGCAUUUUCAUAAUUCAAUUUUGUCACGAGAGAAACUAUUGCGGUGCCUAUAACAGAGGAGUAUUUCUACAGUCUUAACACUGCAGUCAAGUGGAUUUUAUUGUAUCACUGCUACACUAGUGCCUUGAUAUGUCAUUCAGUAUAUAUUACUAUAAGCAACACAAUGGAAGAUGUCCUAGUAACAGUCUACUAUAUUAAUGUCUUAUAUUUGCUUUCAUGUCACACAGACAAUUGUUACCUCACUUGAUCCUAAGACUUUAUCAUUUUUAAUUUAUUCUCGCGUGACGUUACUCUGACUCUCACUUCUUGUUGAAAUGACAUGAUAAUGAACAUCAAAGUACUUUGAUGACUUAUUCAUAGGCCAUCGCUUGAUAUUAGUUGCAGAGAUAAUAAAUGCAAUCAGCUCCGAUCAAAUAGCUAACCAAUAAGCCACUUAUGUGGCUGCUGCACCUGGACUGAAUACCAACAGAGUCAGAAAGGUGGUUUCGCCCUUGGUAUAAAUAUGCCAUUGAAGUGCAGGGGAGGCUUCUGCUCCAAAGCUCAGGGCUUCUUUAUGUCUAGAUAAACCUUAAAGGUUUUAGAAACAGGUUUGCAGUCAUGGUGAACGUAUGGAAAAAGUAUUUAUUUUGAAACAUAAUCCAAGUGUAAAAAAAAAUCCCUGAUGUUUAAACGCAACUGAAACCUGCAGCAUUUAUUGGCUGGCUUUGAAAGUGUUCACUGCCAAAGACUCUUUAAAAUGCAUACUUGUAUACAGUAUUUGGAGCUUGAGGUCCAAAACGGUAUGCUCUUUUGUUUUUGUUUUUUGAAGUGCAAAUACUAACUCAAUUAUUACAACAUUACUAACUGCUCUGCUUUGUACAAGUUUGGCACAUUUCAGUAGGUACUUUGCAUAGAAAUUGGACCAAUGAUACCAAAUAAUACAGUAUUUUGAAUAGAUAUAUUGCUGCAUUAUAUGUUAUGCAAAUAAAUUUAACAGAGAUAUAUUCAUGAACGACAGAGUGGAGUGUUCUUCCAUCACUCUGCAUUAUAAUGGACUAUAAUGUGCUAUAAUUUCCUGGAAAAUGACUUUUUCCCAAAAGAUUUAUCAAAAAACAACCACAUACUUUGCUCCAUAACAACCUACUUGUGAGUUUGUUCAACAUUAUAAUAACUAUAUGUAGCCUGGUGGGGGUGCCACCAGAAUAUUUACAGACUACUGCAGUCAAUUUUGUUGGCAUUUAUAUACUAAAGUAAAAUCAUAUUGAUUAAAAGAUCAACAUUUGCCAAUUAAUUAGUUUAUAUUCUGUCUUUAAAUUAUGUAAUCACAAAAUCUAUUUAAUAUGUAAUAUGUAUUCCAUAUACUUACAUGUCUGCCUAUCAUAAUGCUUCGUCUGCUGCAUUAACAUUUACAUUUUUCAUCUCAGAAUUGCAUUUUAAUUGAAUAUGUCUCUUUAGAGCUUCGCGAUGUGUAAAAACAUCUUGAAGUUGAAUCCAAAGCAGCAGACAGAGCUUUGAUUGGCCAGCUGCUGUCAUUGGCAGGAGGCGGGUCAAUCAGAGCUUCUGCUGCUGCUCUGGGUUGGUUUCCGUUUGAAUUUUAAGGUGGCACACUGCUAACAUGUUUUUAAAUAGUUUAUUAAUACAUCAUUUAAAUGUUCCUCUAAUUCAUUAAUGAAUAAUGUAUACAUUACAAAUGUUUUUUUAUGUAUUCAUUUAUUUUUUAAAUAUAAAGCUACACUCCGUACUCUUUACAGGGAUUCCCUGUGCGUGUCCGUGCGUGUCCAUGUGUGUGUGUGCGUGUCCGUGCGUGUGUGUGUGUGUGUGUGUGUGUGUGUAUGUGUGUGUGUGUGUACAACACAAUGUGGAAGCAGAGGUGUCUAUUUAUGUCUGUAAAGGAUGUUUUAUACUUAAUAGUGCAUGUUGAGUGUGUGAAUGUGUGCAUGUGUGCACUGGCGGCUGGCGAAGUGCGUAGAUGUACUACCACACUUGUUUUUGACAAAGGCCAUUCUGUGAAGAGGUCAAUUUAUUUAGCAUAAUUGGUUCUGUAAUUAUCCUUUUAUACAUUACAGCUCUACGAGGACUUUCGAUUUUAGUGUCUCACCAAAGGGCAGAACCUCUCUGGAUUUAAGGAGGGUCUAAUCUGUUUGUAAUGUAAUGUGUUUAGGUUAAAAGUGAGGGUUUCCUGUGUUGUUGUUCAUACUGUUUUUAUUGAAUCGCGUCGCAAAACUGACACUUCCUUCAGUUCCUGUGCGUUUGUGCUUAUUUUCCUUAAGGCGCAGGAAGUCUCCUUUCGAUGUUUGCUCAGUGUGCUGUGUGUCUG